AUGGUGCCAGAGGAUAAAAUAGAGCAUGAAAAAUUAGCUCGGCGCAGUGCAAACUACGUCGUCAUUGGCAAAGAGCUAUACAAAAAAGCUGCAUCCACAGGGAUACUGAUGAAAUGUGUUCUAUGCAGCAAGGGGUUCGAGUUCUGGGAUUUUUGCCCAGACAACCUCAUUGAUGUGUACUACUCCUUAGUAGCUCACUCGUGUUGCAACGGCUAUGUGGAGUGUGCAAAUGGGAUGGUCAUCCAAUCCCUCAAGUCACGUAUCUUCGAUGACGCGUUCAAAUACGCUACCAAGUGGCUACAUGAGCUGUCCCAUGUCAUCAGGGGCCUAAGAACACAGAAGAGUCGGGCUACCGGCUACACACCUUUCUUUAUGGUAUAUGGUUCAAAGGCCGUCUUGCCAUCUGAUGUGGCCUCCGACGCCCCGCGUAUCCAAUACUAUGAGGAAGGUGAGGCAGAAAAGAGUUAG